AUGGACCGAUAUAGGUUGGAGCGGUACCCAUGCGCCCGCACACCGACAAGCAGUCUGUACCUCGGCACCGAUCUGACAACUGGCGAAAGAGUUGCCGUCAAGGUGGUUGACGGGAGCACCCCCUCCGGGAGGCGUCGGAUGCAGCGGACGCUACACGGAAUUCAACUGGUCUUGCGGGUCGGUCGACACACAGGCAUUGUGGGCAUACGAGGCGCUUACGAAGUGGAUCAGAAGGCAUAUGUGGUGAUGGACUGCAUGGCGGGUGGCUCGCUGCUGGAUUAUGUCACGCGCCGGGGUCCACUUGGAGAGGCCGCAGCUGCGGCUGUCAUGAGACGGCUACUUGUUGCCGUGGCACACCUCCACAGUUUUAGUGUGAUGCAUCGCGACCUGAAAACGGAGAAUGUUCUCAUCCAGUUGCCCAGAGACUACAGGGAACCACCGGAAAAUGUCUGCAUUUGUGACUUUGGAUUUGCAACAAGUAAUAUACCCAACAACGAGUGUGUUGGAUCGCCGCAGUACAGUGCCCCUGAAGUUGCAAUGGUUGGCAUCAGGCAAUGUAAACUGACUAAAUGUGAUUACAGCUACGACGAGAAAUGUGAUGUUUGGUCACUCGGUGUCGUGGCUUAUGCCAUUCUCAGCGGGGCACUCCCGUUCGAUGGCAGCACACCAACCGAGGUAUUCACGAAUGUUUUGCGUCACAACAUACCUUUUCCACGCUCUGCCUGGCAGAAUGUUAGCGAGGCCGCUAAGGACUUUGUUCUCUUCCUUAUGACCCCGGAACCUUCCAAGCGGCCAUCCGCGCUGCAGUCAUUGGAACACCCAUGGCUGGUUUAA